UCGCACCGCGGCUGAGGAGCGCAGUCUGAGCCGGCGAGAAGCGCAGGGAGCAGGACGGCGGGGAUACGCGGCCCCGGUUUCCUCCCGGCGUCCGGACGCCGGAUCACGCUAAAAUGAAGGACCGGCUUGCAGAGCUUCUGGAGUUGUCCAGGAGCUAUGACCAGCAAUUCCCAGACGGGGACGAUGACUUUGACGCUCCCCACGAGGACAUCGUGUUCGAGACCGACCACAUCCUGGAGUCCUUGUACCGGGUCAUCCAGGACAUCCAGGAUGAAAACCAACUGCUGAUGGUGGACGUGAAGCGCCUGGGGAGGCAGAACGUCCGCUUCCUCACAUCCAUGCGGCGCCUCAGCAGCAUCAAGCGCGACACCAACUCCAUCGCCAAGGCCAUCAAGACCCGGGGCGAGGGCAUCCACCAGAAGCUUCGCUCCAUGAAGGAGCUGAGCGAACAGGCAGAGGCCCGGCACGGCUCGCAAUCGGCGGUGGCACGCAUCUCGCAAGCGCAAUACAACGCGCUGGCCCGCGCCUUCCAGCAGGCUAUGUACGAGUACAACCAGGCCGAGAUGAAACAACGCGACAACUGCAAGAUCCGCAUCCAGCGGCAGCUGGAGAUCAUGGGCAAGGACGUGUCGGGUGAGCAGAUCGAGGACAUGUUCGAACAGGGUAAGUGGGACGUGUUCUCAGAGAACCUGCUGGCCGAUGUGAAGGGCGCGCGGGCUGCGCUCAACGAGAUCGAGAGCCGCCACCGCGAGCUGCUGCGGCUGGAGGGUCGCAUCCGCGACGUGCACGAGCUCUUCCUGCAGAUGGCUGUGCUGGUGGAGAAGCAGGCGGACACGCUGAACGUCAUCGAGCUCAAUGUGCAGAAGACCCUCGACUACACGGGCGAGGCCAAGGCGCAGGUGCGCAAGGCGGUGCAGUACAAGAAGAAGAACCCCUGCAGGACCAUCUGCUGCUUCUGCUGCCCCUGCAUCAACUAGCAGCUGGCUUGGACCUUCACCACCUGUGCCCUGAGGGAAACAUGUUCAGGAUGCCAGCCAAAGGCAUCCUGCAUUGGGCCGAUGGAGAGGGCCCCAAUGCCUGCAGAAUUCAAAGCAUAAAGAAAGAACGUUGGGGUUAGGAGGCAAGAUUUGGGAUCUGACACUUGCCUAGAAAGAUGGUUUUUAUCAUCCUAUGGUUCGUUAAUGCAGGCAGAUUACCAAUGGAGUUGUGUGGCGUCAUUAUAAGAUACCUAGCACUCAGCAUCACAGGGAGGCGCUAAUGCCGUUGCUAAGGUCAAUGUCAUGAAGACUAAAAGAGGAAGUCCAAUUACGUAUACUAAUAGUAUGAGCACAUUAUCAAAAUUCGUCUUUGUUUAUCUUCUCUGGAAAGUUCCUUGGUGCUAUUCGAUUUUGAGUAUUUCGUAGUUCAAUUUGAGUAGCAUUGACCUGGGGUAAACUGGAUUUCAUUCACUUCUGAUUAUUUAUUUAUUUUGCAUGAGCUUUGCCUAUGUAGAAACCUUCCCUCGGUUCUCUUCAGCCACUUAUUAAACCACACCGAACAUACACGGUUUCCUUAUCUCUCUCACCUUCUGUAACUUCCACCAGAAUAUAUAUGCACAUACACACACGUACAUAUAUAUGUAUAUAUUCAUGUAUAUAAAUAAUUUUUGAAAUAUUUUAAACACCAAAUAUUGAACAAUCACUCAAAUCGAACUUUUUUUAUCACUCAUGUUUUAUAUUUUUCACAGAUAACAUUUAUUUAAAAUUUAUCUUUGUACUGAAUUUCAUACGAUAUAUGUGUCUAUGUAAACUAAUAUCCACUCAUUUGUGUACAUAAUGGCCAAUUGGAUUGACUUUGCUUUGGGAAAUUCUGUAUUUAAAUAAUAAGAACAUUGUUUGGUCAGUGCCAGUGUUGCUUUGACUGUCGUGAGUGUAUUUCAUCCCCGAC